AUGCCAAUCGACGUGAUCGUUAAAGUGCCGUCUUCUCCUGUCUCCGACACGCCUUUAGACACAACGACACUCGUGCUACUUCACCACAAAGGUCACUUUUGUCUUCUUGAUCGUAAUCUACGUGAUUUUCUGCACUUGGAGCGUCAAUUAUCGCGAGGAUUUCCAGCUAAAGUUCUGAUUCCAGAUGCGAUAUCCAUCUCUUCAUUGUUAGAAGCUUAUGACGACGCGAAAACGAGCUUUUAUCCAUCCCACCAGCUUGGUACACGACUGGAAAUUGUAAUAGAGACUUUAUUGCAUUAUUUGACGUCGAAUUCCGAGCUUUUGACGACGUCUCUAGCCUUGAAAACGUUUCUAUAUGGGAAUGUAUUGACGUGUCAUAAGACAAUGGGACAGAGCUACAGAGAUGCAGUAGAGGCUGCAAUUGAAGCUAAGGAGAAGAACUUGGAGCUGCUGGAUCAGAGAGUAGCUGCUGGCUGCUCAAUAAAACAUCAGGUUACUGUGACAAUGGAAGAAGAAAAGCAACUGGUGCUUUGGAAAUUUACAUCACAAGAUACGGGACUGGUUUUUCGUGCUUUGUUUUCUAGUGGGGAUAGAGGAAAAAGUACGGAGAUUGAUCCGUACAGUGUCAGCUCCAAUGAGGUGGUAGAGAAUGAGACGGACGAGAUAGAGGUGGCAUACUACAAGACACACUGUACUUUUGAUACUGAUGAGGGUUAUGUGUAUGGACACUAUGUGGCUGAAAAGAAUGGACUGGUGGCACUGCUAUGGGAGAACGUGGACAUGAACAGUGUAAUGUCCAAGUCACUGCGGUUUCAGGUUAAAGUAGUGUCGCUGAGCGCUGCAGGGAAAGUGCUGGAAGUUACAGAUGCUUUAAAAACUGUCGAUACGGCGGAGUGGCUGCAUGAAUAUGUGGACGCAUCGGAGAUCAUGUCGAUAAAGGAUCUGGUGGGGUGGGAAACUUACGAAUGUGAAGACGCCUUCGAUAAAGAUGAAGCUUAUGACGAUGGUUUGGCGAAAGGAGAUAUUGAAGUGAAGUCGCAGAUUCAAGUCGCCGUGCUGAGAGAACGGAAUUAUGAGCUUGAGAUGCAAGUGACCUGUCUUGAAGAGAGUCUGACGGCUACCAAGAAGGAACUGAAGAGCGCGCUAGAUCGCGUUCAAAUUGCUGAGGAGAUUCACAAAGCCAACUUGGAGACCAUUACGCAAAUUGAAUGUGCGAAUGCGAGCGACACCACGCAGAAGGUAUCGAGGGUUGCAACGGCACCGCUUGCUGGGUCCCAGUCUGGUACACUUCAUUCCGAUGGUACGCAGACAGAGGAAACGCCCUCUAGUGAGCUGGAGCGCGUGCAAAAACUAUGCGCUGGUUUCCAAGAGCAGUGUCUGUGGCGGUCCGUGGAGAACAUGGAGCUGGAGACGCAGCUGGCAGUGUCACAGAGUGAGGCGUCUUCGUGGCGGGAAAGACACGUCAAGCAAGCUGCGCAGCUGAAGGAGCUGGAAAAGCAGAACUGCACUCUGCGGACGCACAAGAAGAUGCUGGUGCAAGAGGUGAAGCGUUUGCAGCCGUACUCGCAAGUAAACUUGGCAGCGUUGUUGCAAGAAGCACAAGAGGCUCGGAUGAUGCAGCGCAGUCUUCAGGCGAAACUGGACUUGCAUGAACUGGUCAAGAACGCAAUGGAAGUAAGUGCCAUUGAGUCUGAACCUGCUGACUUUGUCCUUGUUGAGGCCUCAGAAGAUGAAGACGUAUAA